AAAAUGAAUGAAAAUAUGAAUGAAGUGGAACAUCAACACAAGGAAAAAGAAAAACAAGAGAAGACAUUCAAAUCAUCCUCCACCAAUCACAAAACUUGUAGCGCACAUUCUAAUGUGACAAACUACAGUGCAAAAUCCAUGUCAUCGUGUACAUCAACCAGCUCAGGGGGUGCAAGCAAGCAAGGCCAUUCUGGUACACUAACAGUCCAGUCAAUGUCACUCUGUAGCACAUUGACAAAUGAUCCAAAUUUUGAACCUAAACUGGUGGCUUUGGGAUCUGUAGAUGAACAAGCUUUGUUACCAAAGAACUCUACAUUUAAUGAAAGUGGUGAACAAGUUAUGGUACAAGAAUUCUUCUCAAAUCACUUGUCGACAAUUAAAGAUCAAGAUGCUUCUAGUAUUAAGGGGGAAAAAAUUCCAUCGAUGGACGAAGAGGAAUUGCAGAAGAAGGAUACCACAUCCCAUUCUGAUGAAUUUCAAAAUAAUCUGAUCCAGAAUGCUGAGGCACAACUAAAAAACAGCUGUGUGUCACAUGAGAAUACUGAUAACAAUGGACCCAAAACAAGCACACCAACUGAUCAAGCCAAAUUACCUGCAAUGCUAGAGGUUGAUGUAUCCCCAAUUUUAGAAGCACCUGAUGGUAAUAACCAGAAGUUGAGAAAACAUAUUGAUUGUCAGUUAGAAACAGGUGUUAAAAGGAGCGCAGGAAAAGCAUCUCAAAGAAAUUCUUUAACUAGAUGUAGUAGAGACAAAUCAGCAACUACAUUGGACCACAAGUCCAAGCCACAAAACCACAAAGCAGCAAGAACCUUGCAAAGUCAAGUUCAGGACCUUAAGGAAAACAGCAAAACAUCACUACCACUUCAAGCAAGUAUUUGUAUAGAGGAUGAUAGUGACCCUGAACAAAUACAAGAUAACAUUACUCCAGAAAUAAUGGAAACAAAUAAGUCUUGCCCUUCAUCAAGUAAGAGAAAACUGGACUACAGUGGUGCUAUAAACAGACCUGACGUUAAUGUAUGCUUCCUGCUGGACUUCAAGUGUACAAGAAAAAGACCUUGUAAAUUAUGGAUGAGAACAGAAAGUCCCUGUAUUAUCAAGAGUGAACAAAAGGAAAUGUGUAUUCCUCAAGAUGUGUUAGCUAUUAUUUGACUGAAUUAGGUGCAUCAGAAUCAAUAUCAUAUG